AUGCAGGCCUUGGAGGGUGAUUAUAGGUGGCUCUCUGAGUUGGGAGUCUUCGACAUGGAGGCUCGUGCUGAGUGGCUGGCGGACAAAAUCACAGAGGAGGCCGAUGCUGAGCGGCAGCGGGGCUUUGCCAAGUGGAGAUCGUCCGUCCGCAACUCGCAUCCUAAGCAGGUGAGCUGGAUCAAGCGUCGGGCAGCGUUGAAGUCAGGCGCCGCUCAACCGGCUCCGGCGGAUGGGGCUGUGCUUCAAUAUAAGGCCAUCCACCCCGCAUCCUUGAUUGCUGAAGCUGAAACUGAGUGGGUUCAGCGAUGGACCCGCGGGGACGUGGCCAUCGAUCCGCUUCGUGAGCUUCUUGAGGAACUUCCCCCGCCGAGGCAGGUCGACGUCAGACCUGUGUUUUAUGCUGAAUCGCUCCAACGGGCUGCCUCCAGAAUGCGUGGCAAAGCGGGAGGUCCCGAUAGUUGGGAAGUCUCUCAUUUCGAGGCGCUCCCGGACCCGUUCUGGGCUGCGCUUGGUGCUCUAUGGCAGAAGUGCUAUGAGGCGGGAAAGGUUCCAGCCAGAUGGAAAGAAGCGAGGGUCACCCUCAUCGCCAAGCCGGAUGGGGGCCAUAGGUCGACGCGAGACGUCUUCAUCAGGAUGAUUGAUGCGAUGGAGGAUCCUGACAUGACCAUCGUGGGGCAGGAUGCGGCUUUUCGCCGUAGGCAGUCAGCUAGGCGGCCACAUUCGUUGACGACAGAUCGUUUUGGUGCACCACGCUUCAGGGUCUUCGAGCUGCGCUGCGAUGCCAGGAAAUGCCAGGUUGCCUCUCGGGCCCAGGUGGGCAGGCAAGCGGCUGAGACCUUCCGUUAUGGGUUUGCUUCGUCCUUCACCACGUUGGGGGUGACCUUUGACUUUGCAGCGGCUUCUGCCCCGACGCUCGUCUCCCGCUAUUCGUUUGAGCAGGCUGACCACAGGCUACAGUGCAUCAGCAUGAUCGUCAAGAACCUCGACGUUAAGGCUCACCUCAUUCGGACGUUGGUGAUCCCUAUGCUCAUAUGGUGUGGGGCGGUGGCGAGCCUGGAGCACGAAAAGGUGAAGCAGCUGAGGAGGGCCAUUCUGGUUACCUCGCAUGCUAAUGUCGCGGUGGAUGCGCCGCCGAUUACCCUCUUCGAGGUGAUGGGGUGGGGAUGUGACCCUCAGUUUGCGCGCCACUGGAGUGCGUUGGUUGCCUUGAUUAGCUAUGUUGGGCGCCCUCCGAUCUGGCUCGAUGAGGCUCCAAUGGCGCUGGCGGUUAAACCUUGGUUCCAGUUGCUCCCGUUGGCUGCUGAGGUCCUUCGUGAGCUUGGUUGGUGGACUGAUGCGCGGGGAUCCCGUAUCUUCCGCCGAGAUGCUCGUAGUGAGCUGCGCACCUUCGUGAUUGCUUAUGACUCGGUGAGUAUCCUGUAUGAUUGGUUGCGAGACUGGCGCCGUCGCACCACGUUGGCUAAUACUGGUCGAGUUGUUCGUGCUCUCCAUCGGUCGGACCCGGUUCUUGGACGUGGGCGUGCCCUGCCUGGCGUACCUACCGGCUCCCUGGUGGUGCUGGCGGGCCACCGAAAACUCCAGGCCAGCGCGUCUACCCAGGCUCAGCGCUCUGCAGCCCUUGUUACCGGCCGUCCUUACUUCAGACUACAGUAA